AAUGACCUUUAAUGACUAGCCUGCAUCUUCUUUAUAAACCACUCCUCAUAGUUUACUCUCUCUCUCUCUCUCUCUCUCUCUCUCCUUCUCUCAAGAAAAAGGCAAAAAUCAAGAAGAACGAGAUGAGACUCUAUCGCUUUGUUUGCUUGUUACUGUUUCUCAUCACUGUUUCAACUAAAUUUGAUGAGAUAUCAUCCUUAAGAAGAGACAUGACAAAGCUUCUUGAAAUCCAAGACAAGAUUCAAGCAAGACUCGCAGCCACUCCUUCUCUCCCACCAUUGUCCUCUCCUUCUUCUCCAUUUCCCAAAAUGGUGGGAAGAGUUAUAUACCCAAUUAGCUACGGAGCUGACCCGACAGGUGGACAAGACAGUAGUGACGCAAUACUCGAAGCUUUAACCGAUGCUUUUCAGUUACAAACUGAGCUUAACAUGCUGCCACGUGUCGCUGAUCUUGGAGGUGUUAUUAUUGAUCUCCAAGGUGGCAGUUACAAGAUCGGAAAACCUCUCACGUUCCCUUCCUCCGGUGGUGGAAACCUCCUGGUAAAAGGAGGGACUUUCCGGGCAUCAGAAGUGUUUCCCGGUGAUCGGCAUUUGAUCGAACUCGUGGCAUCAAACUCCGGUAAACCAAUGAAAAUGUCUCCACAGGAUACAUUCUCCGACCAGAAAGACCAGAACUCUGGUAUCUUCUUCGAGGAUGUGACCUUCAAAGACGUUCUAUUCGACUCGAGCUUCAGAGGAGGGGGUAUUUUGGUAAUCAACUCAGCACGUAUCCGAAUAACAGAUUGCUACUUCCUCCAUUUCACAACACAAGGGAUCAAAGUCCAGGGAGGUCACGAGACGUACAUCUCAAACACCUUCUUAGGACAACAUUCGACGGUCGGCGGAGACAAACGAGAAAGACAGUUCUCCGGGACGGGGAUCGAUAUCUCGAGCACCGACAACGCCAUAACCGAUGUGGUCAUAUUCUCGGCAGGGAUCGGGAUCUUGUUGAACGGGCAGGCUAAUAUGGUAACAGGCGUGCAUUGCUACAACAAAGCUACGUGGUUUGGUGGAAUAGGCAUUCUAGUGAAGUCGCAUUUGACGAGGAUAGACAACUGUUACCUCGAUUACACGGGGAUAGUCAUCGAAGACCCCGUUCACGUUCACGUCACAAACGCUCUGUUCUUGGGAGAUGCGAACAUCGUGUUGAGAUCGGUGCAUGGGAAGAUUAACGGUGUGAAUAUUGUUAAUAACAUGUUUAUUGGUGAUCCUAAACACAAUUUUCCGAUGGUUAAGGUGGAAGGAGAGUUUCAUGAGGUUGGUCAAGUUGUGAUUGAUCAGAACAACGUUGAAGGGAUGGUGAUGAAAUCAACGACGGGGAGGUCUAGAGUUUCUGGUAAUGGGACGAGAUGGGUCGCUGAUUUUUCCUCUGUUUUGUUAUUCCCUAACCGGAUAGAACAUUAUCAGCAUUCGUUUUUCGCGCAAUCUGGACAGAUUCCUGCGAGUGCAGUUACUAAUGUUUCAAACAAUAUUGUAGUUGUAGAAACUGAUAGAGCUGUAACUGGAACCGUGUCAGUGAUCGUUUAUCAGUAGUAAAAACAACAAUGUGUGCAUAUUUGAUCAUUUGUCCUAAUGAGAAUUUAACUCGUUAUUUUCUAAAACA